CAUACGCGCAAUUUGACCAAGAAAUUACAACUUAUAUAUAUGUGUAAUUAAAGGGAUCCUUGACCUAUUUAUUACUAAGCAUAUCGAUUAUAAGAGAGUGAAGAGAGAGAGAGGAUAUCGAAGAAAAUGGCAACGAUGGGAGGCAUUAGCCAAGUAGAGGGAAGCCAGAACAGUGAUACCAUUAAUAGCCUUGCCCGUUUUGCUGUUGAUGAGCACAACAAGAAAGAGAAUGCAGUUCUGGAGUUUGUGAAGGUGGUAAAUGCAAAACAGCAAGUGGUUUCUGGAAUGGUGUACUACAUCACUCUGGAAGCCAAAGAUGGAGAAAAGAAAAAUGUUUAUGAAACCAAGGUUUGGGUGAAGCCAUGGUUGGACUACAAGGAGAUUCUGGAGUUCAAACUCAUCGAUAAUAUAUGAUGCCCCUAAUGUUGACCUGUGAACCUAAGGCUACCAAAGACAAGGCAUGCAUUUAUAUUUACCAGUGUGAAGACAUCUUCAAAAUUUCCGAAAUUUGAUUCACGUGUUUUUAAUCAAUCCUAAAUAUAAAUUUGUCAUACAUGUAAUCUUUAGUUGUAAUUGUGUAAAGGUGUAUAUAUAAUAUAAUUGCUGAAUAUUUGGGAAGAUGUAAUUCAUGUGUAAAUAAUCAAAAAUAUUUGUCGUAUGCAUAUCAAUUUUCUUAUUA